AAGUGGGCUUGGGCCUAGCUUCCUGCUGCCUCUGGACCUCCCCCAGGUGGCUUGUAGGGAAGGCCCGUGGGAUGUGGAAUUCCCCUCCCUCCAAGCCCUUCCACGGGGAGCCUUCCUCUGGAGAUUGAGGGCCAUUUGUGGCCUACUGACAGAGAGGCUCACAGCCCCCACCACCUGGAGAAACAGCUACUCCCUAUUAGAUAGAGACUGAGGGUAGGCUGGAACUCCCCAGCAAAGGGAUCCUAGAGGUCAGACCAACUUAGAGUUCCCCAGUUACUGGGCCAUGAUAUGGUUUUCCCUGAGGCAAUUUCCUGUCUGAUGGGGCCCUAGUUCUAGAACUUUCACCUGCCUAUGCUGUAUAGACUGCCACUGGACCCUGAACCCAAGCACUGCCCCUUGAGUCACCCUUCUGGAGGCCCAGAGACAGGUCCCAGAGUAAGGCUCAAGAUUUUGUGUUCCAAAAAUGAAAACUGAUUUUUUACCCCCCAAUGAACACUAUAUGGUUUUUUUAAUGAAAAAUUCAGUAAUAAAGGAAACAGAACGAUCUUGAAAGUUCACCUUAUCUGGGUGAGUUUUUAAAUCCCAUCGUUUAUCUGCUGUCCCUUGCAGUAACCGCAGACUUUUUCUGAAAUGUUUCUUCCUCUCACAUGGUAAAUUCCGCUCAAAUACCCAGCUCAGAUGUGACCUCCUUAGAUCAAGAGGCCAGUUGAGCCUGAUGGAUCACUCUGCCGGGGGACAGUCAGGGCUGCCCCCCAAGGUGUGGGCCCAGCAUGAGCUGGCUUCUGACAGAUAGCCUUGAGCCAGGCUGCAUCUUUCACUGGGUCUCUGGUGCUGGGGCUGGCAAGUUCCUCAGUCUCUAAGCUCAUCAUCCCCAUCUGUAACGUGGGUGCGACGAGAACCGUCUACCAUACUGAAAAUGAAAGGCUUAGCUAGAGCUGCAUGUGCUAACCUGGACGUAGCUCUGAAACAGCAGAGCAAAACACGAACGCAGCAGCAGGACCCGUGCGCCCUGAUGCCCUUGAUAAACCUGGAGAGCUACACCUGGUCCUGUCAGGCGUGACUACGCACAGCAUGAGCUACAGAGAAACGCCCAGGAAGAUCAGCCCCAACGCCAGAGGGCAGCUGCUGCUGAGACUGUCGGGAGAGAGCAAACCAUUUUAUUGAAGGACUUCAGGGGAGGGUCAAAAGGCUGGGAGGACAAAGAUAUAACGUCCUUCUCCUGGCUCGGAUUGCCCCAGCUGCAGAAUUACUGAAAUGAGGAUUUUUCUAGACUUCUGUGCUAAACUGGGAGGCGGCUUCCCUUGUCGCUGCUGAAAACGGCUCAGAAUCACCCAAUGUUGGUAGAGCUUAAAAAUGGGGAGACAUACAACGGGCACCUGGUGAGCUGUGACAACUGGAUGAACAUCAACUUGCGUGAGGUGAUCUGCACAUCCAGGGACGGGGACAAAUUCUGGCGGAUGCCCGAGUGCUACAUCCGUGGCAGCACCAUCAAGUACCUGCGCAUCCCCGACGAGAUCAUCGAUAUGGUCAAGGAGGAGGUGGUGGCCAAGGGCCGUGGCCGCGGUGGCCUGCAGCAGCAGAAGCAGCAGAAGGGCCGCGGGAUGGGGGGCGCCGGGCGAGGUGUGUUCGGUGGCCGGGGCCGAGGUGGGAUCCCCGGGACUGGCAGAGGUCAGCCAGAAAAGAAGCCAGGCAGACAGGCGGGGAAACAGUGAGCCGCCCCUCCACUCCUGAGACUGAGCUGCCACUCCGAGCAUCCGUUCCCACCCCGAGGCUGCAUUCCUGCUCUCCAGUUUAUGACUGUUCAGAACAAAAAGAAGACGCUGGGGUCAGGGAAGACCCUGCCUGUCAUCUUGUGAUCCUCCUGUUUUUCUGUUAGCCAGCAGUUCUAUGGUUGGAAAUGUUAUUCUGUGCUUCUGGUUUUCUGAAGCCGCAGCCAACUGGAUUCCUGGAAGAUUCUGUGUUCAACGCAUCUUUAAAGCCCUCACUCUUGUUUUAAGGGUAGGCAUUUUCCAAACAGGUUUGUUUUGUAUUCUGUGUGGUGAACAGACAGGAGGUUUUUAUUUUCAGCUGUUUGCACUGAGAUAGACAGCCUAGAGGGUCUCCUGAAACGUGGACCCUGAAACUGCCUUUUCGAAAUGAAUCCAGGCAAGUGUGUGACUCGGAAGCUGUUCUGGGGGAUGAUGCUGGGCCCUGUUCCUUCCCUUCUGUCUGUCUUUACAAAAAUAAAAACAAAUACAACUACGAA